CCCAAGCUCAACACCUACCGGUCCCCGUCACGCCAGCACCAGCUCCCACUGAGAUGGCCAUGUCUCAUGUGACGUGCGAGCUGCCCUAUUCUUCACCACGUACCAGCGUUCGCUCGCACAAUCACACCUCUCAACUCCACCCAUAGCCGCCGCCGGCCGCCCGGAGAUGGCGCCACCACCGAACGGCAUGCAGGAGCUCAUGGAGCAGGUGGAGCUCUUCGAGAAGACGGCGAACCUGUCUGCGAGCAUCAACGACGUGCACAACACCAUUGAUCUGCUCACGACAGCCCGUGCUAAGAUUGCAGCUGACCCGCAGACGGCACCUCUAACUCUGGCAAAGCUCCAGGAUCCGCUUAAGAAGUCCCUAGAGGCUGCUCAGAAGGAUAUCAAACCCAUAUACAGUGGCUUGGGAAAGUAUGGCAAGGCCCUGGACAAGCGAUUCAAAGACAAGCCCCUGCCGACCGCCGAAAAUGACGCCCUCUCCUCCCAUCCGCAGCUCAUAAACCGCGCCAUAGCCAUGCACCUCCUCCGCGAAGGCGAGUUCUCCGUCGCAUCCACCUUCAUCCAGGAAGCGAAUCGCCACCCACCGCACGCCGAGCCCACGCUCAACACCCCAAAUCCAUAUCUGAACGAGUCAUGGGAAAAAGACAUCGCAGAGGGGACGUUUAAUUCCGAGAAACUGCAGGAACAGUUCGCGGAGAUGUACCACAUCCUGCACGAGCUGAGGCAGGAGAAGAACCUCGGCCCGGCUAUUGAAUGGGCAAGAGCACGGAGCGAUAUCUUGGAAGCGCGAGGCAGCAAUUUGGAAUUCGAGCUCUGCCGAUUGCAAUUUGUCUGCCUGUUCAGCGGGCAUGGUACAGACGGCGAAGACCAGUUAAUGGACGGCACACUGCAUGGCCCUCUCCAAGCAUGGACAUACGCGCGUCGCGAAUUUGGCUCGUUCCAGAGGAGAUAUGCCAAGGAAGUACAGAAGCUGAUGGGCGCUCUGGCAUACCAUGAGAACGUCCCGGAGUCUCCGUAUGGGAAUUACUUCUCCAACGAUACCGCAUGGGAAGAAGUCGCCACGUCCUUCACACGCGAGUUCUGCUCGUUACUGGGGUUAUCCGCCGACUCGCCGCUUUACAUUGCCGCAACAGCAGGCGCAAUAGCAUUACCGCAUCUCCUGAAACUGCAAAGCAUUAUGGAGAAGACAAGAACGGAGUGGACCACGCAGAACGAACUGCCCGUCGAAAUACCCCUUCCACCCUCCUACCACUUCCACUCCAUCUUCGUCUGCCCCGUCUCCAAAGAGCAAUCCACCGACCAGAACCCACCCAUGAUGAUGCCUUGCGGGCACGUCAUCGCAGACGAAUCCCUCCAAAGGCUUAGCAAAGGCGCGCGCUUCAAGUGCCCGUACUGUCCCAGCGAGUCACACCCGCGGGAUGCGAAGAAAGUGUUUCUGUAGAUACGGGACUCCGCGGUGGAGCUCAUGCGGGAGGAUUUAUGCAUUAUGUUGGCGUAUUCCUGGGUCUACAGCUUUCUUUUUGGAAAGCAUGUGCGCGUGCUUUGAUCUGGGCUAGGCGUUUUUUCUUAUCGUGCGAAUUCCUCACAUGUGCACGCCCGGGAUGUGGGCGUUCGGUGCGGAUGCUAUGCAUGUGUCCCCCUUGUGUUUUACUGCUGUCUUCAGGCUCGACACGCGGCGAGUAUGAAACUGUGACUCAGCCUAUAUACCAGAAAUGACAUUCUCCCCACCUUCA